GAAGGGCCGGCCGCGGGUCACGUGCUGCGUGGUGCGGCUGGCGCCGCCCGCGGCGGGUACUUAAGGCGGUGGCCGCCCGCAGGCCGCGCUCUGCACGUCCGAGCUGCCCGCGGGAUUCGACUGCUCGCCGCGCCCAUCGAUUCCUUUCUCCAGGAAGAAAAAAUGGCAUCCGUUGCAGUGGACCCACAAUUGAGUGUGGUGACUAGGGUCGCCAACCUUCCCUUGGUGAGCUCUGCAUAUGACCUCGUGUCCUCAGCUUAUGUCAAUACAAAGGAUCAGUAUCCCUACUUGAAGUCUGUGUGUGAGAUGGCAGAGAAGGGUGUGAAGACCAUGACCUCCGUGGCCAUAACAAGUGCUCUGCCCAUCUUCCAGAAGCUAGAGCCACAAAUUGCUGUUGCUAAUACCUAUGCUUGUAAGGGACUAGACAGGAUUGAGGAGAAAUUGCCUAUUCUGAAUCAGCCAACAACCCAGGUUGUUGCCAGUGCCAAAGGUGCUGUGACCACUACUGUGACUGGGGCCAGAGUUUCUGUAGCCAACACAAUCACAGGGGUGGUGGACAAGACCAAAGGAGCAGUGACUGGUGGUGUGGAGAAGACCAAGUCCAUGGUCAAUGGCAGCAUUAACACAGUCUUGGGAAGUCGGAUGGUGCAGUUUGUAAGCAGUGGAGUAGAAAAUGCACUCACAAAAUCAGAACUGUUGGUUGACCAAUACCUCCCCCUUACUGAGGAAGAACUAGAAAAAGAAGCAAAAAAGGUUGAAGGAUUUGAUGCGGUUCAGAAGCCAAGUUAUUAUGUUAGACUGGGGUCCCUGUCUACUAAGCUCCGCUCACGUGCCUACCAGCAGGCUCUUGGUAGGGUUAAAGAAGCUAAGCAAAAAAGCCAAGAGACCAUUUCUCAGCUUCAUUCUACUGUUCACCUGAUUGAAUUUGCCAGGAAGAAUGUGCAUAGUGCCAACCAGAAAAUUCAGGAUGCUCAGGAUAAGCUCUAUCUCUCGUGGGUGGAGUGGAAGAGAAGCAUUGGCCACGAUGAUACUGAUGAGUCCCACUGUGCUGAGCACAUCGAGUCACGUACUCUUGCUAUUGCCCGCAACCUGACUCAGCAGCUCCAGACCACAUGCCACAGCCUCCUGUCCAACAUCCAAGGAUUGCCACAGAACAUUCAAGAUCAGGCCAACCACUUGGGAGUGAUGGCAGGCGACAUCUAUUCAGUGUUUCGCAAUGCUGGCUCCUUUAAGGAAGUGUCCGACAGCUUCCUCAUUUCGAGCAAGGGGCAGCUGCAGAAAAUGAAGGAAUCUUUAGAUGAUGUGAUGGAUUAUCUUGUUAACAACACACCCCUCAACUGGCUGGCAUUUGAUUUCACUGCCAUAGAGUUGACAUCUGAGACUGAUGAAAUUCCAGAUAUUAUAGCUUUGGAAGAGGAAGAUGGAGCAAAUCAUUCACAUUUUAAUGGCCCUGACCUCUCAGCAAAAUGUUGAACAAAAAAAAAAGAUCUCUCCUUUUAGUUGAAUAUGCAAUUUCUAUCACAUUAAGCUUCACUUUGUUUUUAUGUUUAUUCCUGAGGCUUCAAGAAGUGUUAAUCUAUUUUUUGGCUAAUUCAUCUUACUUGCAAUGAAACUUGAUCUUAACUUUCAUAAGAGAUUUAGUUCUAUGAUGUGUAUCAUUUUAUGUAAGUCCUCACAGUUUAAUUGCUGAAAUGACUAUAAUAAAUAUUGGGUCGGAUAAUCUCAAA